CUUCAAAUGCACAUUACAACUGCAACUAAAAUUAGGAAAUAGUAUCCGAAUACUCCCAUUAGCGAAGCCAAUCGAGCAAAUGCCAAACGUCAAAAAAUCGAACAAACCCCCAAAAAAUCCACAUCGAAUUCAUUUAUCUGUAUCUAUCAUUAGAUUCGAAUUGUACAGCAAUUAAAUCGCAAACUUAUCGAAUCGAACUCGACGCAACGACCAAGGUCGACGGGAUACGGUUCGUUAAAAACACAAAACGCGAUGAUAUCCAAACAGCUACCGCAGACAAUGACUACCAGUCCGCACAUACCGAGGGCCAAAUUGGACCACGCGUCCGUCGUCGACCUGGACAGCGGCUCCGGCGGCCUGGUGGAGCGCACGAGGAGCGUCUUCAGGAGCGGCAGGACCCUCCCGGCCUCGUUCAGGCGGCAGCAGCUCCAGAACUUGAUGCGGAUGCUGGACGACGAGCAGGAGACGCUGCUGAAAUGCCUGCACGAGGACCUGAGGAAGUCGAAGCACGAGAGCCUCGUCAGCGAAAUCUUCAUCGUUAAGCACCAGAUCAAGAAGCAUCUGAGCAAUUUGGGGAAGUGGAUGAAGCCGGAGAAAGUUCCGAGGACUUUGGAGAAUUUCUUCGACGAUUUGUAUAUUUAUAAGGAACCGUACGGUGUGGUUUUAGUGAUCGGUGCUUGGAAUUAUCCUAUAUUGGUUCUCUUGGCUCCUGUCGUCGGAGCCAUAGCAGCUGGAAACUGUGUAAUAAUAAAACCAUCAGAACUCGCCCAAGCGACCAGUCACGCCUUAGAGACUCUACUUCCCAAAUACCUAGACAAUGAAUGUUAUCCAGUAUUUACAGGAGGUCCAGAAAAAACCUCCGAACUACUCAAAGAAAGAUUUGAUUACAUCUUCUACACAGGAUCGUCCCAGGUAGGAAAAUUGAUCCAUCAAGCCGCCUCUCGUUAUCUCACCCCCACGACUCUGGAGCUGGGCGGCAAGAGCCCCGUCUACGUAGACGCCUCGGCUAACCUCCAACUAGCAGCCAAAAGGCUCUUUUGGGGGAAGAUUCAAAAUUCCGGACAAGUCUGCAUCGCUCCCGACUACGUCCUCUGCACCAAAGACGUCCAAAUAAAACUGCUCGGUUACAUCGAAAAGGCGAUGAAAGAGUUUUUCCAAGGUACGAUAAAAAACAGCCCGGAUUUCGGGCGGAUCAUCAACCAAAGGCACUUCGAGCGGCUGACGCAGCUGCUGAAGAACCAGAACAUCGCCAUCGGCGGGCACAUCGACGCCGACGAGCGGUUCAUUUCGCCGACGGUGCUCAUCGACGUGCAGCCCGGCGACAGGAUCAUGCAGGAGGAGAUAUUCGGGCCGCUGUUGCCCAUCGUGAACGUCAGCGGCGAGGACGAUGCCAUCGAAUUCAUCAACAGCAGGGAGAAACCGCUGGCUUUGUACGUUUUCACCAACAACUCCGGCACGAAGAAGAAGUUUUUGGAGAGGACGUCCAGCGGAGGGGUGACCAUUAAUGAUACUAUUAUGCACCUGGUGGCUGAGGGGUUGCCGUUUGGCGGCGUCGGGCAAUCUGGUAUGGGUGCUUAUAAAGACAGAGCUUCCUUCGAUACAUUCGUUCAUAAGAAAUCUGUGUUGUCGAGAUCUUAUAAUAUUUUAGGUGAAAAAAUCGAAUCGGUGAAAUAUCCUCCGUACAAGGAGUUUAACACGAAAUUCCUCAAAACAGCGAUAUUGCAUAACAUGGGAUUACCCACGAAGUUUAUUGGACAUGUUCUGACAUACACUUUAGGCAUAAUAACAGCAGUAUCGGCUUAUUAUAUUUAUCAUUACGUAGAAGACAAAUAAGGAUAUAAAAAAAUUAGUAAGUUUAUAUGGUUGUGAUAGUUUUUAAUACACUUGUAAUUCAACA